CACGCCCACACUAUCCCCGCAUCAGGAGUCAGCAAACGUUCAGUCGACCGUCGGUUUGUGCCGAAUCCUGACGUUCGACAUCCCCCUCUGAUUGAUCGAUGCUCAGUAGAGAAAUGUGCACCAGCGACAGGUGUUGAUGCUAUCGCUGCGCGUCCGUCUCGUUGAAAAACCGGACGCUGGCGCGGAAUCCCGGGUUCAGAUAAAUUUUAGAAGUGGUUCAAAGCGAUCCGUGUCAUAGCAGAUCAUGUUGGAGCGGUGUCGAGAUGACUAGGCCUCAAGUCCUUUCCCCUGCAAAAUUCAGCCGCGAAGCCGCUUCCCCGAAGGUCAGUAGGCCCGCCUAACUAUUGCCUCAAACUUUCGCCUCUUCCUAAUCUGUCAUGGCGACCCGUGUGGUCCGUUGCCUGUGCUGAUCUAGCGCGUGGUGUAAGAAUGGGACUCGAGGUUGACGGUCUAGACUUUUGGAACACCUGAUGACAGAAUCAAGGAUCAAGAAUGUCACAUUGUCGCACGAAAGAGCCUUGAUUGUGGUCUCAUCCGUCCACUUCGAUGUUCGCCUGUAAUGGUUCUUGCAGUAUGGAAAAAAAGGACAACGACCACCGCGUGGAAAACUGCUCGUGCGAUUCCGACACCCGUGGUCCUUGUCUAUCGAAAUUCUGUCGACUGUGCUUACUACAGUGGGAGGUUUCCGGCGCGGGUGGAUUCUUGACGCCACGGAGAUUACAGCGUUGUCGCGACUGGACUGCCAUCAAGCGAUCCAUUCCCACAGAAAAAAAGAUUCUUGGGUCAAAAUGAAUAUAAAAGGCGCGUCUGACGAGCGAGCAUCUCCAAGCCAGCCCCUCAAAUUAAAAUGCUUAACGGCCUCUCAAUCUUCACUCGCCUUGCCGUCGUCUUUGCUUUCUGUUCCGUCACCGUUCUCGCCGUUGCGGACGCUGCUCCAACUUCGCCCACCCAAAAUCCUGUCCUCCGGACAUUGACCGCACACACCAUGCAGCUCGUGGAAGUGACUACGCCGGUGUCCUAUGAUGAAGUCACCGCGCGCCUGUACGCGCUUCUGGGCCCAUUGAAUUCUGCGGACGUUCUUCACGGCGCCACCUCUGUUGCUGAUCUUCAGGAAAGAGUCGGGGCCGUGCUCGGCUCCAGUGGAUUCAUGCACUUCAUCGAAUUCGACCACGGCGCCUGGCAUCAACUUUUCUACUCGACCCCUACCCCGCGAUUCAAGAUCUACGUCUUUGGCAAUCCUCUCAUCGCUGAAACGAUGGUCCAAUUCGACCUCCGUGCCGGAUACAACGUGCCGCCUCGUCUGAUGAUCAUAGAGAACGGGAAUGGAACGAAGAUUGUGCACCAUCUUCUGUCCUCCGUCAUUGAUAUGUCGGGGCCGGCCAACCUGACGGUUGCCGCGGCGGCUCUGGAUUCACGGUUUGAGGCGGUCGUGAACAGCAUAACUGCUGCUGUGUGAUAUGGAGUGUGAUAGAUCUUCAGUAAAUUAUCGAGCUUCCAAAAUUCCGACUUACAUUCUGUCUACGCUUCUCUAGAAC